AUGGGUGACAAAGCAGACACAAGCAAGAAGCAGCCACAACAACAACAAACACAGCAAAUUUCAUCUUCUCCCAAAGCCCCACUUGAGGAAUCAAUUACAGAAGCAAGGCCAAUCCAUCACCAACAAUCACCAGUUGUGGUAGUCAGUGGAGCUUCACCUUUCAUUUCAAGUCCUCUAUACGUUUCAAGUGGUGCAAGUUCCUCACCAUUUGAACAACAUUUUGAGACACUGAACCCAAAGAGACCAAGAUACACUGGCCAAUGGAAGCUUCUACCAUCUCCACCAACACAACAAAAACAUUCCCAAAUGGCCAUGCUUCCAAGCGAAUCAAGCCCUUCACCAACAACACACACAUCAAACCCACAACGCCAAACCCAAACUCAUUCCUCAGCAGCAGCAGCUUCUUCAUCAGACACAGCCUCAUCUCCAAGUCACUCUCCAAUGCCUUUGAUUUCUGGCCGAGAAGGGAACAAUCCAGAGGGAGAGCAAGUUCAUCAUCAGCAACUAAGAAAAGGGAAAUAUGUAAGCCCAGUUUGGAAACCCAAUGAGAUGCUAUGUUUAGCAAAAGCAUGGAAAGAGCAAUACCAAGGUAGUGGUGGUGGUGGGUCUAAUGGUUCAUCAUCUUCCAGAUCAGAGCAACAAGGUGAACUGGGAACUACUAGAGGAAAAACUAGGGCUGAUAAAGAUAGAGACGUUGCUGAAUUUCUAAGGAAGCAUGGUGUCAAUAGGGAUGCUAAAACUGCAGGGACAAAAUGGGAUAACAUGUUGGGAGAAUUUAGGAAAGUUUAUGAAUGGGAAAGAGGGGGUGAAAGGGAACAAAUUGGAAAGAGUUAUUUUAGGCUCUCACCUUAUGAGAGAAAGCUUCAUAGACUCCCAGCUUCUUUUGAUGAAGAGGUUUUUGAAGAGCUUUCACAGUUCAUGGGGUCCAGAAUAAGAUCCUCUCAUGGCAGAGCUGGUUCCUCCUUUUUAUCUGGAGAUGAAGGUAGAACAGGUUUUGCUGGGACAAGAGCUCUGCCACCACCACCUCGUUCUAUCAAAGAAGAUGAACUUCCUCUCUCAGCUAGGACAAAGCAAUUGGCUAUGAUAAGUGGGGGUGAAGCUUUCUUUCAUGGCACAAGAGGGAGCUUAUUAGGGUUGGACUCUCUCUUGGAUAUUUCAGGCACUUCUUCUUCCUUAGCUUCUUCCUCUAAAGAACUCAGAAGAAUUGGGAAGAUAAGAAUGACAUGGGAGGAAUCAGUGAGCUUAUGGGCUGAAGAAAGUGAACUCCAUAGAGGGCGAGUGAGGCUUCAAUCUUCAAGCUUUUUGAAUGCAGAUGAGCUCACUUUCUUUGAUGAUGCCAUGGUGCCUUGCCUCAUGGAGUCUUUCGAAGAUGGUCCUCUGAAAGGUUUCUCUGUUGACAGAUUCGUUUCUGGACAACAAGUCAAAGUUUUUGGCAGAAAAAAGUCUUCUUCAGCCUCAUCUACUACUGCAAUUGCUUCAUUGGACUUUCGGGACCCAACUGAGUACUACGUGGGUUGCCUCCAACGAUUGUCACCACAAGCAUUACCAAGUUUGUUUGAUUUGAAGCGGCUUUUGCAAGAGCCACCACCAGAAGACAUGCGUUUUCCACUAAGAAGGGAUGUAUUCGAUUACUUGCCUCAAGGGAAGGAACUAUUCUUCACAACUUCAACUGAACCAUUGGAUUGUAGAGCCAUCGUGUAUGACAUAGUAGCCCCCAUCAUACGAAACAACCCUUGUGCUACUACGUCAACAAGCAGAGACUCCUUCAUAGGCCUCUGGGAUGAUUGCAUCAAUAGGGUUGUGUCAAGGUUCUGCCCUGAAGAAAUGGUGAUUACUAGAAAACCCACUUGUGCAUCAUCAUCAUUAUCAACCGAAAUGUUGCAAGAUCAAUGGCCUAAUGUGACUGGUUUCGUUAACAAUUAUUGCUUAUGGAGAGGUGAAGAAACUGAUCAAUUAAGAGAGGGUCAAAUUGACCCUUCAUCAACCAUAGUUGGAAAGUUACUAUGGACUUAUAUGGACCUUCCCUAUAUCCUUGGAUACUAUGCUAUUGGAAAUGUUGUAACAUUUUGUGCAUUGACUAGGUCACAAGAGGGAAUAAUCAACCGUAUUGAUUUACAUGAAAUAAAUCUAACAUCAUCAUCCGAUAGAAUCAAAGCACUGGUCCCAUGUUUUAGGAUUGGUGCUUUGUUACCAUUGUUAAGCAAACGUUGUUGUAACCUUAGCAACUGCAAAGCGUUCGCAUACAGUGAUUUUGAAAGGUUUGACUUGGGUAACGGCGUUAUAACCGAGAUGACACCAAACACAUGCAAGAGAGUGUUCAUUGAGAAGAGAAAAUGGGCAUCGGCGAAGGAAGUUUACGAGAUUCUUGACCAUCGAAUCCCACAUGCAGAGUUUUUGUUUCAAUCUUCGGAGAAAGAGUUGAGUCUUGUGUUCAAGCCAAGAGGGUGUAGGGUGAAACCCUUGAACUGUGUAGAACUCGUGGAGGCGCUGAAGUACGUGACGAAAGCGUUGGUGGCAUUGCACGACUUGUCGUUUAUGCACAGGGACUUGUGUUGGGAGAAGGUGAUGAGGAGGAACGACAGGGAGAAUGAGUGGUUCGUUUGUGGGUUUGAUGAGGCUGCCGGUGCUCCGGAGUUGAACAAAUACGUGAAUCAAGGGGCGGCGGCGCGUGGUGGUAACGCGCCGGAGAUGGAGAGAGGGUUGCAUGGGGUGAAGGUGGACGUGUGGGGUGUUGGGUAUUUGAUAAGGACGUGUGGGUUGGCUGGGGUACCAAAGAUGCUGAGGGAGCUUCAGAACCGGUGCAUGGAGCAGAAUCCAGAGCAGAGGCCCACUGUCGCCGACUGUUACCACCACCUGCUGCAGCUGCAGUCGUCUCUGUCAGCUGCCGCCGGUGGAGUUCUGAUGUGA